UCCAAUAAAAGCAGGAUAAACUGUGUUUAAUAGUCUCGGUUUUAGAAGAGACAGGGAGUGAUCACCCCUAUAGUGCACUAUAGUGUACACUCUGGCACGUGGUCAGUUAGUUGACGCGGGUGUGUUAUAGUGUCAGGUGACCCCGGGCACGGAGCGGGCACGUGCUCACAGGUCUGGCAUCUUCAAAGCGCGCGCCGGGCUCACAUACCUGUGCUACAUGUCUCACACAGGUGAGACAUUUUAAAGUGGGUCUUAAUGGAGCGCGCGCCGGGCUCGCGCCGCUUAUCCAUCAGACUCAGACCCGCCGUGUCAGAUCUCCGUUAUCUCCACGGAGGAAGAGGAGCCCCGUGCGCGCGUGCUGUCUGUCCUUCCCCGUGUGCGCGUGCUGUCCGUUCUGCUCCGUGCGCGCGUGCUGUCCGUCCUGCUCCGUGCGCGUGCGGUUUGGAGCGCGAGUCACUAUGGAGGAACUGGCGCGCGAGAGCAUCCGCAGCCUGAGCGUGCUGGCCAAACCCGCGCGCGGUACGGAGGCUCCGCGGCUCGGUUCGUUCGGCGCCGUGUUCAUCAUGCUGAAAUCCGCGCUCGGAGCCGGACUGCUCAACUUCCCCUGGGCCUUUCAGAGAGCGGGGGGCAUCAACCGAGCUAUCACCGUGGAACUGGUGUCUCUGGUGUUUCUGAUCAGUGGGCUGGUGAUUCUGGGAUACGCCUCGUCGGUCAGCAGGCAGGGGACGUAUCAUGACGUGGUGCGGGAGGUGUGCGGGCGGAGGAUCGGUCAGCUGUGUGAGAUCUGCUUCGUCUUUAACCUCUUCAUGAUCUCGGUGGCGUUCCUGGUGGUGGUGCAGGACCAGCUGGAGAAGCUGUGUGUGUCUCUGUAUGAGACGGUGUCGGGGGAGAAGGAGAUGCCGUAUCAUUGGUACACUGAUCAAAGCUUCGCCCUCUUCAUCAUGUGCCUCAUCAUCAUCCUCCCUCUAUCAAUCCCUAAAGAGAUCAGCAUCCAGAAAUACACCAGUGUAUUAGGAACGCUGGCAGCUACCUACCUGAGUGUUGCUGUUAUAGUAAAGUAUUACAUGAAAGAUGAAGCCGCAGCCAAUCCGGUUCCAGAACACAGAGAGGGGUUAAACUCCUGGGGGUCGGUGCUCAGCGUGGUGCCCACCAUCUGCUUCGGCUUCCAGUGUCAUGAAGCGUGUAUUGCUAUCUACAGCAGUAUGGAGAAUAAGAAGAUCAGUCACUGGGUUUUUAUAUCUGUGAUGUCGAUGAUCUUCUGCCUGCUGAUCUACACUCUCACAGGUGUGUUUGGGUUCCUCACGUUCGGGCCGCUGGUGGCGUCUGAUAUUCUGAUGUCAUAUCCUGGAGACGACGUGGUGAUGAUCAUCGCCAGGCUGCUGUUCGGGAUCUCCAUCUUCACCAUCUAUCCCAUAAUACUCCUGCUGGGCAGGUCCGUGGUUCUGGCACUGGUUCUGAGGUACCGGGAGCGGGUUGCCGUGGUGACGGUGGUGUUUGAGCGGCGUUGUCGGGUGGGGUUGACGGUUCUGUGGAUCGGUGUGACGCUUCUUAUCGCUGUUUACGUUCCGGAUAUGAGUGAUGUCAUCAGUGUGAUCGGAGGAAUCAGUGCAUUCUUUAUAUUCAUCUUCCCUGGACUGUGUCUCAUUUUUGCGAUACAGACGGAACCGAUGGGUCACAGGAUGAAGAUGCUGCUGACCGGAUGGGGCGUGGUCACUGUCGUUACUGGAGCUUUCAUCUUUGGCCAGAGCACCACCAUCGCCAUCAUGGAGCUCGCACACAAAUUCUGAUCAUCCUGAUCAGAUCAAACUGAGAACAAUCAAUACUGAUCAGUGUGGGUCACAGUGAGUUAUAGAGGGGUUUAAACCCCAAUACUGAGACUCUGAGGAUCAGAGGAACCGUGUUCUCUGGAAUGAUGGAGCUUCUUUAGCUACUUUAGGAUACUGGGAGGAUUUGAGGAAGCAUCGAGAUCAGAUCCACACAGUGCGGAUAUAAAUACAGCUCUGAAAAAUAAGAUUUCACUUAAAAAUGAUGAGUUUCUUUGAUUUUAGCAAAUUAAAAACCUCUGGAAUAUAAUCAAGAGGAAGAUGGAUGAUCACAAACCAUCAAACCACCAAACUGAACUGCUUGAAUUUUUACACCAGGAGUAAAGCAGCAUAAAGUUAUCCAAAAGCAGUGUUUAAGACUGGUGGAGGAGAACAUGAUGCCAAGAUGCAUGAAAUUAAAAACUGUGAUUAAAACCAGAGUUAUUCCACCAAAUAUUGAUUAUUUCUGAACUCUUAAAACUUUAUGAAUAUGAACUUGUUUUCUUUGCAUUAUUUGAGGUCUGAAAGCUCUGCAUCUUUUUUGUUAUUUCAGUCAUUUCUCAUUUUCUGUAAAUAAAUGCUCUAAAUGAGAAUAUUUUUAUUUGUAAUUUGGGAGAAAUGUUGUCUGUAGUUUAUAGAAUAAAACAACAAUGUUCAUUUUACUCAAACAUAAACCUAUAAAUAGCACAAUCAGAGAAACUGAUUCAGAAACUGAAGUGCUCUUUUUAUUUUAUACAGAGCUGUGUAUGUUUGUAUAUGGAUUGUACAUUAAUUUAGCAUAAAUCUCGAGUUUCAGUUUAUAUAUCUUUAUUUUUUAAUGAAGUUUUAAUAAUAUAAUUGAAACAGUUCAACAUGAAUCAAUAAAGCCAGUGCACAGCUGCACCGGGUGUAAAGGGUGUAGAGUUAAAUAUUAGUAGAAAUAAUAUCUGCAGUUUUAUGUCUGAAUGAACACAGUUAUACUGUGAUUUUAAACCAGGUGUUAAGGACAUUUACCAUUUCUUAAAUUAAUUACAUUUUUAUUUUACUCUUAUUCAUGCCUUUGUUUAAAGCAUUAUGAAUUAAUUAUAAUAUAUAUUAUAAAUGCUGUUAUGAUUUAUGAGCUUUUGUCAGUAUUAAGCAUUAAAGCAGUGUUAAUGAUGUGUUUUUUGUGUUGAGAUGAAUAUUAUGAUGCUGAACUGAAGAAAAUAAAUAAUAUUACUUUUGUUAAUU